UCGCUUGCGGUCCUGCUAAAUCUUUAUUUGUUUUCAUUCGGAAUAAUUUACUAAAAACAAAAUACAAAAUAUGAUUGGUGUGAGAUUAAAUACAUUCAACGAUAAUGCCGGUGAACCGGAACAAGAUGCUAAUUCUGCAUUGACAGAACUAGAUAAAGGUCUCAGAUCUGGGAAAGUUGGCGAGCAAUGCGAAGCAAUCGUUCGUUUCCCGCGUCUCUUCGAAAAGUAUCCAUUCCCGAUUCUAAUUAAUUCAUCGUUUCUGAAACUGUCGGAUGUGUUUCGUAUGGGCAACAAUUUCUUGCGAUUAUGGGUUUUACGGGUUUGCCAGCAGAGCGAGAAGCAUCUGGACAAGAUUUUGAACGUUGACGAGUUCUUAAGGCGGGUUUUCAGUGUGCUCCAUUCUAAUGAUCCAGUUGCAAGGGCAUUGGCUUUGAGAACUUUGGGAGCAGUGGCUGGUAUCAUACCGGAGCGGCAGAACGUCCACCACGCUAUACGACGAGGUCUAGAAAGUCACGACAAUGUAGAAGUGGAAGCUGCUAUAUAUGCAACUACAAGAUUCGCAGCACAUUCUAAUGCAUUUGCCGUAUCCAUGUGCAACAAGCUAUCAGACAUGGUGGAGUGUGAAAGUACAGGUGCAGAAAGGAGGGCUAAACUUGUGAGAGCUCUAAGGACUGUUCAUGGUGGAGCUGUUCGAGCGCAAGGGGUCUUAAAACUUCUCCGAUCGCUCUUAGAGAGGUUCCCAUCUUCCAGCUCAGUGAGGGCAGCUAUAACAGCCCUCACUGCAAUAGCAGCUGAUACAGUGGUUCAUGUGCCAGAUCAGGUCGAACUACUUCUCAGUCUGGCGAUGAACGAUCCCCGAUCAGCCGUUCGUAGAGCGGCUCUGCUUGGUCUGCGGAAGUUAGCUGAGCAUGCAGCGCUCUGGUCGGCUGAGUCGAUACAGGAUUUGGUGCGAGCCGCUGGUGAGACGCAGGACUCGGAGCAUACCAUGCUGUGCUUGCAGGUUAUGCAGAUACUAGUGAAAUGCCCAGCCAUAUGUGCAUCAGCGGGGAGUCCCCGAGUUGGCAGCCCCAGCGCUCUCCGCCAGUUCUGUUCCGAUGCUGCACUCAGCGUGGAUCUGCACCAGGCUGCGAUUGCUGCUGAUGUGCUGACGAGGAUCGUGGUGCAUUGCUAUGAAGAAACACUACCAGUGGAGGGUGCGGAUCUCAUGUUAGCUUUGGAAUCUCUCGUUAUUUGCACUGGAUACUCGCCGGAACAGAAUAUCAAACCUUUGAGGAUAGCCCUGCGUUGUUUGGUGCAAUUGAGCACGGCGGAACCGACGCUGUACGCGGAACGCACCGCCGCAGUGGUGGGGGGGCAGCUGUCGGUGGGUGUGGUGGGGGGCAAGGAGCCGGUGGGGGGGAAGCGGCAAGCGGCCCUGCUGGAAGCUCUCGCGGCGCUGGCCGGCUCCCACAUUGCGCCUGCGCUGCGUUAUCUCUUGCCGGCUUUGGAUGCUGCCAAAGAGGCUGCCCGUAACGACCUAAGUUACGACGGUACAACACUAGUGCUAAUCUGCACAGUGCUGCUCCAAGAGCGAGCCCGUGCAGCCUUGACUAUGAAGCUUAAAAGCUCAUGGAUGGACAGGAUCCUGGAGGCGAUAGCUGGAGCUGAUGGAUGGACGAGAUAUAGAGUUGCCAGGGUUUGUUUGAGGUACGGUCACCACAAACUAGCGGCCGAGAUACUAAAGCGUCUCUCGCGGGAGGCGCCCAGCGAGGCGGCGCAGCGCUGGCUCACGGCGCUGCACCGCGCCGCCGACGCUGACGCUACUCUGUUGGAAGUCGGUAUUAGCGGGCUCGAAGAGGCGAGCGCCAAGUGGGAGCUGUUCGGGUCGGCGGGCGUGUCGGCGCGCGGCGGCUGCUCGGGCGGCUGCGGCGGCUGCGGCGCCUGCGAGCCGCUCGCGCCCGCCUGGGCGGCUGCGCGCGCGCACGCGCUGGCCGCGCUCGCGCGCGCCGCCGCCGCCGCGCGCGCGCUCUGCACGCAGCCCCCGCCCGCCAUCGCGCUCGCGCACGCGCAGGCGGCGCGCGACCCGGCGGCGCGCGCGGGCGCGAGCGCGCACGCGCUGCGGCGGGCGGCGCGCGCGCUGCACGCGGUGGCGGCGCGCUACGGCGCCAUCGCGCGCACCGCCUUCCACGCGCACACCUCUACGCUGCGCCUGUUCGACAUCUCACAAUACACCUACAGCCAACUAGCGCAGCUCAUAGAGCGUAUAACCAUGUCGCAAGUGGAAAGACCGGAACUGGUCAGCAAGGAGAUGAAGCCCACCAGCCUAGAAGAAAUGAUAGCUUUGACUCCGGCCGCUGCUUUGGCUGAAAUAUCGACUAAAUUGUUCGAUAAUCCCACUACUGGGUCGGGGAUCACGCAUAGGCACGCGGAGGCCGUGCUGGCGGCGGUGGGCGCGGUGGGCGCGGGCGCGGGCGCGGGCGCGGCGUGGGCGCGCGACGUGUGCGGCGCGGGCGCGGGCGCCGCCGCGUGGUGCCGCGUGGCGCUGUCGCCGCCCAGCCGCCCGCCGCCCGCCGACCACGCCGCCACGCUGCCGCUCUCGCACCGCCUCGCGCUCUCGCUCGAGGGCGUCGUGCUGCGCGGAAACAGUAAGAAGAAACCAAUGCGACAAGUGAAAGGUGUACAAAUAACCGUUACGGCCACACCUCACCCGCGAACCAAUGAAAAGACGGUAGAGCUGAGCAACAUACCGGCGAUCCUGUGCGGCGUGCAGACCGUGACGCCGGUGCGCGACUUCUUCAGCGCGCAGCAGCUGGUGAGCGUGCCGGCCGCCGGCCUCUACACCGUCGCCGUCGAGGCGGCCUUCGUCGACGAGCGGGGACAGCUGUGGAACACCGGGCCCAGGACCACUAUCGUGAUCAAGGCUCACGAAGACCCAAGCACAAAGGGAAAUACGCAAGCUACUAGAAGUCGUUUCUGAUACUAAAUUAAUUGUUAUGAUUUUUUUAUAUGCGAAGUGUAUUUUUAUAUGUAUUUUUACGAUGAAUAAAAAUUUC